GGGAGAGAGCCAGGGAGGGACACAGGAGAGACGCUCUAUGCGCUCCGACCGUGUCCCUCCAACACAAGGGGGGGGGGGGACUGCAGAUUGACAUGCGGGCGCUCGUCCGCAUGUCAAUCUGUGUAAAGUCAGCGGGCGCUGCGAGGCGCCCUCUGCAGGUCAGGAGCCCGGCGGCAGCCGACUCCGCUGCCUCCGGGACUUCCGCCCCUGUAUGUGCACCAGUUCAGUCUCCUACGGCUUGGGCUUGUCUGCAGUUUAUGGGCGCGUCACUAGCACCAUGGCUCCCCCUAGUGGCGGUAGCAGGCUGGUGCAGCACGCCACAGGUCUUUCACUUUCAUUUCUGCAAAACAGACUUUUGUUAUCCUUUUCUAAUCACGCAACAACCGUGGGACGCGGCUGCACUUAGUAGCCGUCAGUAAGUGGGAAAUCCGACCCUGCAGCGGCCGCACACACCGAUUUACAAGGAGAUUUCCAAGAUCCAUUUCAAGCCACAAGUAUAGCGCUGAGGACGCCGCAGAGCAGGGAAGCACUGUUGGACCUCACCAGACAGGUGCUACAGCAAGGAUUAGGUUUCAUGCCACGUUAGACAGGAGCACAACCUUUGUGGCUUCCUGAAGGAUCUGGGAGAUAUGGAGAAGAAAAGGUUGAGGGUAGAUGGAAUUCCGACUGACAUCUCAGCUGAACGUAUAAAGGAUAAACUCAUUAUACACUUCCUGAGGAAUCGCAAUGGGGGAGGAGAGGUGGAAAACAUUGAUAUUAUCCCUGGAACUCCAUCAUAUGCCAUUGUCACAUUUGAAGAAGACGAAGUGACUGAGAAGGUCCUGAGAAUAAAGAAUCACACUUUGCAAGUCAGUGACAAGACAUAUAAAAUGGUGGUCAGUGAGUUCACCAGCAAGUUGGAACUUGAUGAGGUGUUUCAGAAAUCAUCUGUGGCUGUGCACUACAAAAGAUUCCCGGAAAACUGCAGAAAUGUUUUGAAGAAUUUGAGAAAGACUCACAAAGACGUCAGAUUCGACUUUAAUGAAAAGUCAAAAACAUGUGAUAUAAGUGGAACAUACACAGAGAUUCAAACCGUGGUCCAGGAGAUUGUAAACAAGUUAGAACUUGGAUAUGAAGGCUUAAAGCAAAACUCAUUGGAUACACAGAGAAGUGGCAAAAGUGACAAGUCUUUACUCAGAAAUCAGUCAGACAUCAGAGGUAUUAUACCACAGUCUGGAGAUAAAAGAUCUGUGCCACUUUAUGCCGGUGCUGACCAGGCAAGUUAUAUUCAGAAAAAUGAAACCAUUGAGCAAUUACAAGAACCAUUUGUCUGGGAUUCUGAUAUCUUCAAGUAUAUACAACGAUUUCAUAGUUCGGAGUAUCAGAAAAUAUUAAACAAAUAUCAUGUACAAGCUGUCGAUGAAAGUUCAGAUGAAAUCACUACCCUUUACCUCCAGACUAUAAAUGAUGCCCAACAGAAUCUGCCUGAUUUAAUAACUGCACGCUUUGAACUCAUGGGACUUUACCAAGGAUUGGAACUAAUCCUUCGGAAAGAACAGAUAAAUAAGAGACACAUAAAUAGAGAUCAGGAGUUACAGAAGUCCUUACUAGGUGACCUCCAAAAGCUGUAUCCCAUGCUCCUUUGUCAUGAAGAUGACAAAUGCUUGUACCUUAUUGGAAAUGGUUUUGAUGUGGCUCAAGGCAAACAAUAUAUCAGUGACACACAACUGAAAAUUGGCAAGCCAUCUAAUUAUCUGAACUUGGAUAGCACACAACCUGGAGGAAGCCAGGAGAGUACCAUAAGGGAUGAGCUAUUAAAGUCCAUGUCCCCCUCUUAUAAAUAUGAACGCCCUGAAAACAAAGUGGGAAGUAGAAUAGCUGCAUCAUUUAGUUUACCCCCAGACCACAGUUCACAUUUAACAAGAACGCAUCUUGAAGAAAGAUAUUUGACUUCAUCAAAUAGUAACAGCAGACAGCUGUUUGAUCAUGAGAGAUAUGCCAAUAGUGAUAAAGCAAUGGAGACACUUGUAGGCCACACAGCUGCACUUAAUCUUAAUAAGAACGAAGAUUUUAGUCUUUCACAAACAGAUGAGAAGUCUGGAAUCAAGAGCUUACCACCAUUCAAAAAGGUUGAUGUUCUCCCAGCACUGAAAACUGGUAGAGAGGAUAUAAGGCAGUACAGAUCCACCACUAAAAGCAGUGGCCCACUCAAACCUGUACGAAUUGCUAAAGCAUCAAGUGAACUAUCAUACUCCAGCCUAGUAGAUGUGGAGCCUCCCAACUUAGACUUUAAAACAUCAGAAUGUAAACUCAGAAGAUCCAAUAGUUUAUCGCGUAUUUAUUCUAGGGACAGCACCUCAUCUGUUCAACAGGAGGACAUAUACAUAUUCAAAGAUGAAAUCUUGGUGGAGGGUUGGCUAUGGCAUUAUAUAAAAGAGCAUCACAAGCCACACAUUGAUAUUUUAUGUUCAGAAGUCUUGUUAUUGGAGGAGCAAGUUAAUGGAAAUAUUGUAUUAAAACUAAAGGCAGUCAGCAAACCCAAGUUGUCCAUGGCAAAGGAAAAGAUUCAAUUAUUGUAUUGGAAAGAGGAUGCAAAUAUUACUAACUCUUGCCUUGAAUACUCCUCAUUAGGGAUUAAAGGUCCAGAUGAUCAUGCAGUACAUGAAUAUUGCAAUCUGUUUCGCAAUUGCUUCCAAAAAGUCUGCACUAAAGUGGAGAAAGAUAAGCUACUACUUAUAUAUCCCAAAAUAAUGCAUGAAACUAUUCUAAAAGAGUAUAGGCAGCUAGUAGAAAACAAAGUUAAGUCCCAUACCAAUUUACCAUCGGUGGUGGCAGAUGAUGGUCAGUCCUCCUUACUUCUGAAGACAAUAGAUCAAAGGAACAAAACAGAUUCUGUGGAAGAGAUGUUGUUCAGCAAUCCUCAACCUCCCCCAUUAUCUUCUGGCUUGGAAAGUCCAGAUGUUGUAUCAGAAAUGAAUGAGAAUCAAGGUAUUAGAAGUUUGGAAGAUCAGAAAGCUUUUCAGGCUGACUGCACUGACACAUUAUCUAGAAUCACCAGUGAAACCAAAACCUUCUUCAACAGUUUGAUGACACCAUAUCAAUCUGGAAACAUACAAAUAUCUUCACAAGCUCCAGUCCUUACAGAUUAUGUAAAAGGAAAUCGUUUUUUUCAAGACCCCAAUUGCUUUAAAACAGAAAGCUCCUUACUGGAGAAUUCUGAGACAAAUUUCUACACAUACAAACAUUGUUUGCCAGAUGUCAAAGCAGAUGUGAAUACUUAUGAUUAUGGUGCUUAUACCAGUGAGCUUUUAGCUGACAAAUUCAGCUCCCCUUCACAAGAUGUCAAAAAUAGAUCUAACUUGGAGACCGAUAACGGUGAAAAAGGCAUUUUGCGAGAAGGUUACGUCCAACAGUUUGAGAGCAAAUCAUCUGAAUUGAGAAGUCCUGCAGUAGGCCAAGAGUCUGAGAAGACUGGCACCGUUUGUGACCUUUGCAAGAACAGCAACAAAGUAGUUCAAAUAUCUUGUGGUCACUAUCUGUGUGAUAAUUGUCAUUCAGCAAGUAAGAACUUGUGCGGGCUAUGUUUGGAUAGUACAGAAUCAGCUGACAAAGGUACCCCGAGAGUCACAAUGAUUCAUACAAGUAUGAGCCUAAGCUUACCUGGAUAUGAACGAGACACAUCUUUGAAGAUAAUAUAUGAGGUGUCUGAUGGAGUACAGGGGGUUGGUGACCCUAACCCAGGAUGCCAAUAUAAAGGCGGCAGGUUUGAAGCCUAUCUGCCAGAUAACCGUGAAGGAAAGAAGCUUCUUGUGCUCCUGGAGAAAGCCCUCAAUAAAGGCCUCACAUUUCACAUUAGGACAUUUGAAACAGGAGACAAGGUGACCUGGCAUAAAAUUCCUCAUAAGACAUCCCCAGAUGGAGGGAAGCAAAAGAAUGGAUAUCCGGACUUGGCAUACAUUAAAUCUGCAAUAACCCAGCUGAAGACUGUAGGCAUUGAGUGAAAGACUUCUUUAAAUACAUAAAGCUGCAGAGAAUUACAAAUGCAUUACUUUCUUCUGUACCAAUCACCAGAUGGGAGCAAGUGUGUAUUGAUUGGAAAAUGAAUACCUGGAAAAACUCUGGACUUCUAACACUAUGUAUAUAAGAGAGGUGUAGCCCUGGUUAAAAAUGAAAGCUGCAAGUUAUGCAAAACCCAAGUGCUUUUUUAUGGAUGAUGGAUGCUUACAUUGACAUCUGGUAUCACUAUAAUCAGAAUAAAAUUAUUAACUAAAUUAAUAACUACAUGUUUUAUAAAUGCUAUAAAUUACAAGUGAAUGAUUUGCAGGGUAUUGUACUCUGAUAUCCUUCCAAUCAUCGUCUAUAUUUCAGAGGUUCCCAAACGCAGGCCUCAAGGCACCCUAACAGUUAAGUUUUAAGCAUAUUCGUAGGUCAGCACCGAUGGCUAAAUCAAAUUGAUUGAGGAAAUUGUUACGUCACCUGUGGACAAACAUGGAUAUACUUAAAACGCAGACCACAAUAUACUGUAUCUCGGCAGUUGGGAUGCCAACAGUCACAUGACCCAACGCUGCAUCCCGGCAUUGAAGAUCACGACAUCGGAGGGGGUAAUUAUUUCUACCCAUCUCCUAACCACAAUCAUCUGUGCUGGUGGCUAGGGUUAACCCCUCCCCCGUACCCCACAACUCACCUUUGGGAUGUCAGCGAUCCGGCACCGGUCUCCUGUUUGGUGUUGGGAUUCCGGCAUCGGCUACAUGACCACUGCCAUCCCCGACAGCUUGGAUGCUAAAUGCAUGCCCCUGGCUCAUUAGGCUGCCUUGAGACCAACUUUUGGGAACCUAUGCUAUAUUCGUUGGUGCAAUAAUUCAAAUGGUAGAUUACCAUUAAUCAUUUUACAGGCAGAGUAAAUAUAUUAUAGGCACUUGAUUAAAAUAUGGCACUCAUGUUGAUUUGAUAUAGCCCAUGGCAGAGCCAUUAUUGUCUGUACUGGUGUGGUUCAAUAGAUCUACAGUAAAAAGAUACAGUAAAUUAUUCGACCCCAAAUGGUCAACAUGCAAAGAGUCAACAGUAGGAAAGGUCGACAUGAAAAUGGUUAAUACAAGUUUAUGUGUGUCAUUAUAUAUGUUUCAUCAUAUCUCAGCCAAAUUAGUAGAAACGUGUACGGUCACUAUGCUUCGGGCAAGUUGCCUCACUCCACUACCGCUGGACUCAGCACAGGUUACUAUUCCCAGUCGUAGUCCACGUGGACGGUAAAUAAUUAAAAAAAAAAAAGUUGUGUCAAUCAUGAUCAUGUUGAACCUGUCAUCCUUUAGCAUUGUCUACCUUUUUUUUACCUGUCGACCUAUUGAUGGUCUUUUUACUGUAGAUCCGAUACAGUCUGUACUAUGUUCUGGACUUUAAUGUAAUGUUUUUUGAUAAUAUUAAAAAAAAAAAAAAACACAAACAA